AUGGCGAAAGCUCCCCAAGAUCUACAAGUCGCCAUUCUGGGCGCGGGAAUGGGUGGUCUGACCUCUGCCCUAGCCCUAGCUCAAAAGGGAUUCAAGAACAUUGAUGUAUAUGAAUCUGCCAGCGACCUCGGCUUCGUAGGGGCUGGUAUUCAAUUAGCGCCUAACAUGGCCCGCGUCCUGGAUGGCCUUGGUGUUUGGAAGGGUAUUGAGGCAGAGGCCGUGAAUAUCGAGGAGACGUCAGUGAGAGAGGGUGCAACGGACAAGGAGCAUGCAUAUGUGGAUCUGCGAUACAUUGAAAAGACUUAUGGAUAUAAGCACAUGGUUGGCCACCGUGCAUCACUAGCCAACGGGUUAUACGAAGGCUGCAAGCAGCACUCUUCGAUCAAAUUCCACUUCGGAAUCAUCGCAGAACAAGUGGACUUCGGUCCCCGUCCAUCAUUCACAGCUGUACCCCGUGCCGAGGGUACAACUCCGUUCAAGGUCGAAUGCGAUGUGCUCCUCUCUGCGGACGGUAUCAAGAGCGUGACCCGUGUGGAAAUGCUAAAGCGAUUGGGCGUAGACGUUGGCGUUAAAGACACACAACAAGCCGCCUACCGGAUCAUGAUCCACAAGGACCAGAUCAAAGACGAUCCCGAGCUUCUGGCCCUAAUUAACAGCAACCGAGUCACACGCUGGAUUGGCGCAAAACGCCACAUCAUUGCCUACGCCGUCUCCAACAACACUAUCUAUAACCUCUCCACCACCCAGCCCGAUACCAACUUCGCAGCGGCCACAAACGCCACCUAUACAACCAAGGGCUCCAAGCCAGCCAUGAUGGGUGUCUUCUCUGACUUCUGCCCCAUGGUCCAGCGUAUGCUAAACUACGUCCCCGAAGGCGAGGUCUGCGAGUGGAAGUUGCGUGUCCACGAGCCGCUUCCUACUUGGGUCCACGACUCUGUCGCCUUGGUUGGUGAUGCUUGCCACCCUACUCUGCCUCACUUGGCUCAGGGUGCUGCCCAGGCUAUUGAGGACGGCGCUGUUAUCGGUGUCGUUCUCUCUAAGCUUCCCGAUACCAGCCCUGAGUCCAUUAACAAGGCUCUCCGUGUGUACGAGAAAAUUCGCAAGAGCCGCGCUGAGGCUUUGGUUGAGAUGGCUACCGCUGCUGGCCGUGCCCUGCACUUGGGUGAGGGUGCUGCCAAGGAGGAGCGCGACAAGCAGUUCGCCGCCCUCCGGACGGGCAAGGGACCUGUGCCUGAUAAGUGGGCCGAUGCCGAUGUGCAGCGUGAGAUCUAUGGCUUUGACUGUACCAAGGUGGCGGCGGAUAACUUUGAUGAGUACUUCUCGCAGAUGUAG